AGGUGCAGACGCGAGCGCCGGGGGGAAGCGGCAGCCAAUUGCUGCCCUAUCGUCGCGGUACGGAAGGCGCGAAGGUCAGGAGCAAAGCAGCUGACUUUUACCCGCCCGCUUCCGGAUGUGGGGCUGUUCUCCAGCCAGAGCGAAGCUGGGAGUGAGGCGGACAGGACGACACAUCCUGCAAUCAAAUGUUUCCUACUUCAUCUCCUGACAGUCCAGGUCACCGCAUGGCUGUUGGGCACUGUGUUCUGGGGAGGCAUAGUUUCCUGUGAGCAUCCUGCAUGUGAUGGCAAGGUGGUGUCUGGCCCGGACUGUUACUGUGGUGUCCCUCACUGUAACUCUGUCUGCUGUUGGUGUCAGGUACCCUAGCUGCCGACUCCCUCACCCCCUGCUCCAUCCCUUCAGAGAGCUUGCCUACAGCUCAGUUCCAGUACAUUGGUUUCAUUUUUACCCUGUCAGCAUGCUGAGCUGUUACAAUCCAAAUGAAAAUGUCCAGAACAAAGCUCACACAUCCCCAUAUCCAGGGUCAAAGGUUGAGCGCAGCAAAGUACCUACUGAUAAAGUGGGCUGGCUAGUUGAGUGGGAGGAUUACAAGCCUGUGGAAUACACUGCAGCCUCUGUCUUGGCUGGACCCACGUGGGCAGAUCCGCAAAUCAGUGCCAAAAACUUUUCUCCCAAAUUCAAUGAGAAGGAUGGACAAGUGGAGAGGAGGAGUCUGAGUGGCUUGUAUGAGGUUGAAAAUGGAAGGCCCAGAAAUCCGUCUGGCAGGACGGGAUUGGUGGGUCGAGGAUUAUUAGGGCGCUGGGGACCAAACCAUGCUGCAGAUCCUAUAAUAACUAGGUGGAAGAGAGAUAGCAGUGGCAAUAAAAUAGCUCACCCAAUCUCUGGCAAGAACAUUUUACAGUUUGUAGCAAUCAAGAGGAAAGACUGUGGGGAAUGGGCCAUCCCAGGGGGUAUGGUAGAUCCAGGAGAGAAGAUAAGUGCCACACUGAAACGAGAAUUUAGUGAGGAGGCCUUAAACUGCUUACAGAAAUCCAGAGCAGAGAAGGAAGAGAUGGAGAAGCAAAUGAAUACACUCUUCAACCAGGAACAUUUUGUGGUGUAUAAGGGAUAUGUGGAUGAUCCUCGUAAUACAGACAAUGCCUGGAUAGAGACAGAAGCUGUGAACUACCAUGACGAACCUGGUGAGACAAUGGAUAACUUGCUUCUGGAAGCAGGAGAUGAUGCUGGGAAAGUGAAAUGGGUUGACAUCAGUGAGAAACUCAAGUUAUAUGCAAAUCAUGGUGACUUCAUCAAACUUGUAGCUGAGAAAUGGGGAGCACACUGGAAUGAAGACCCUGUUCCUGGCUACCAUAAAUGAUGCUUCUGGAAUCCAAAUAUAAACUGAAAACCGAUAUCCUCCAUAGACCAUCCCUGAUUGAUGGGUAUCGUGUCUGGCUAAUUGAAUAUCUCCAAUAAUGCUAACCCUGAUAAUGCUGCAUUUGGUUGCUGACAAUCUCUCAAUGUUGAGUUGCAGUACUCUCAGGGAUAGCCUGAUGGCUCCAACAUUGGGGAGCGGAAUUGCAUCAAGAAUGUCUGCUUGCAAGUGACUGAGAUUCAGCUCUAGAAAGGACGUUGAAUGUGGUCUGCUGAUAGGACACACAAUUACAUUCAACCAUGAGCAUCAUAACUGAGACAAUUCGACCAGCCCAGUACCAUGGUUCCCCGUGUUAUGCAACAUCACUCCUCCACACAUCCAUUGUGAGGAUGCUAUAGUCUGAAUGGUUGAGAAGAUCAGGGCAAAACUGAGCCUACCAAUAUACACAGACAUCUUUGACCACCCAACAGUAUGUUUGUUGUCAAGGCACCUGUUGUGGGCCCACUUGUCCUGUCCAGAUUUCUCUGUGAUGUUGAUGUGGUUUGAAGAAUGGUCUGCAGCUGAUGUCAGAAACCAUUCUCUUAUAACUGACCCGACCAUGUGUGUACCCAGCCUUGAUUUGCCACACUUGCUCAUGUGUUCUUCUGAACCAAUUUCAAAUGGGCCAGGGUAAAUAUGCCGCCAGCCUUCACAUCUUAGCUCUUUUAGUAUUUCAUCACCAUCUAGCUCUUUAUUUUCAUCUGAACUUUACUACAAGUACAGUAGGGAACAAUUCUGUAUGGGUAGGGAGAUGGUCUGGAUGUUCCAUCUCCAACUUCUAUGGAUUGUGUCCUAUUGCCACCUUUCUAGUUGUUUGGUGCCCAGUACUGAAUACAAUGUCCUUAUUUCAUUUCAUCUGGAAACUAGUCAUGCCACAAUUACGUUAAUAGAAAAUCAAGGACAAUAAGGAAGUGAAAAUGUUUUGAUUUAAAAAACAAAAACGAGGAAGGCACAAAUUGUGGCUCAGUCAUUUAAGCUUUCAAAUAAAAAUUGCUUAUAAAUAGAUCUAGGUGUACAUUUCUUAUUGAGUAGGUGUAAGUUUGGCUCAUCUUUAAGAGCAGUCCUUUAAACAAACUCGAAGUCAGAAAAGAAAAUGUUCAGUCAAUGCUCAGUCUCUAUUAAAGCAAAAUGACGUGGAACAUAUGGUUUGGAUGAGUAGAAUCAUCUACUGUUAAGGGGUUAGGCAAAGAACACAGAUGAAUGUUAGAGGCAUGUAUAGGUGUACUGUUAUUUAUCUCCAGAAUUUUCAGUGCACCAGUAACAUUAAAGAUGUGUGAGAGAAUAAUAGAAAUUCAAACAAACAAAAAUAACCUUGUUGACUGGUUAGAAGUAGAUAAGAUGGAUGGAGGACAUCGUUAAAUUCCCAGUGUCAUCUGCAGAAUGAGAAAACAGAAUCUCAGAUGAGAAUUAACAGCUGUUUCCACUGUUCUUUAUCGUUAAAUACAUUAAAUAGAGCAUAGGUUAAGUCAUAGCAGUAGCCGUGAAGUAAACUAUUGUAAAUUAAUGACCACACGAGCAAAAGCAGGUCUCUUAUUUAUAUCAACGGGAGAUGGUUGAGGAGCAGCUCCAUACAUAAAAUAUGAAUGUACUGUAGUAUUGUUUAGUAACUUUAACAGAGUUAUUAACAUUACAAAUAACAAAAUCCAUGCUGUUUUCAUAGAAUUAUAAACAUUUCACAAAGUAUUCAUUAACCAACAAAACAAACAAUAAAUACGACAAUGUGAUUUACCCACUCUG